AUGUCUCAAAGUAAAUAUAUUAAUCUUCCAGAUAUUGACACACAACCAGACGUUUAUGAAUCUCCUGAUACACCCGAAGAAAAUGACACUGUAGACGGUGGGAAUUACCUUGACCUUGAAGAACCAAAUGAAAAUAUUGUCAAAGAAAAAAUUUCUGUAGGUGAAGCUGUUGAUAAGUUUAAAGACAGUGUCAUUGAUGCUUCUGAAACUGCUCGUCGUAAAAAAAACAUGUACAAAGUUUAUGUUAAACGUCCUGUUUUAGAUACAAAUGAAUAUGAAUACAUAUCUAAGGAACCAACAUUGCAAGAAACUUCUGUACAAAAAUUGAGAAGAUUGAUUUUUGAAGCUCAAGAGCUUGAAGAAGAAUUGGAAAAAGAUAAGGAUGACGAAUCAAAACCUAAAAAACCUCUUCACAGUGCUAUGGUUGAACAAUUAUCCAGUUUACAGAAGGAUCUUAGUCGAUUAUCUCAAAAUAUAGGUGAACAAGACUCUAUAGAUGAAAAGGAAGGGACAAUAAUAAAACAAGCUGAACUGAGUAAAAAAUUAAUUAAUCAAUUACAAUCUUUCAAACACUCGGGUGUUCCCAAGGAAAAUGGAAUUUCAAAAGAUAAAGAUGCAUCAACUGCAACUGAAACUAAUGGCCACAAUCUAGAUGACGCAAUUACAAAAAAUACUGCAAGAGUUCAUACUUUAGCCAAGACAGUUGAACUUGAUGAUCGUAUUGCUGCUUUAGAAAAACUUGUUGGUACAGCUCAUGGACAAAAUUUUGAGGAUCUUUCAAUCUCUAUAACAAAUACCAAUUUAAUUGCUGCCAUUGAUAAACUUGAUCAACAUAUGCAAAUAUUGGCACAACCACGUCAUUUGGAAUCUAUUUCCAGAAAAGCUAAGACUUUGGUUGGUGAACUGGAGAAAGUUAAUGAAUUGAAGAAUAAAGAACUUUCAAAUGGUGGUGUCAUUCCAUUUGAAACUGAAGAGAAGAUAAACUAUCUUUUUACACUUUUGGACAAAGUAGACCCUCUUAUGUCAAUUGCACCAGCUUUGGUUAAUCGUUUGAAAUCUUUACAACAAUUACAUCAAGAAGCUUCAGUAUUCAGUGAAACAAUUAAAAUGUUAACCAGUGAACAAAAUAAGAUCAGUGAAGAAUUGAAGAGUUUAGAUGGUGUUGCAGAAAAGCUUGAGAAAUCAUUUGAAAUAAAUGAUAAAGCAAUUCAACAAAACAUUGAUGUUGUUGAUUCACGUGUCACAGACUUGGCUGGGCGAUUAGAUAAAUUGUUGGUCAAUUUCAAAUAA